AUGUUUGCGACACUCGUUCCGUUUUGUUUUUCCACAAUCUUUGUUUCCUUGACGUUUACCAAACUGGUCCACCUUUCCAUCCACGCCAAGACCGUCUCGCCCGGCGCCCUCGUCCUUUUCCUGCCGUCGCUUCUACUUCCUGAUGUUUUAGUCAUUUACGUGUCGCGCCUGGCGCUGCGACAGAAGAAGGGCGUCUUUGCUGUGGGAGCCUGUGUUUUAGGCUGUAUAUUCUCAUUUAUUCUUUUGGGCGCCUCGGCUUCUCAGCUUGGCUUCUUUUACACAACGGGUAAUGAGGUUAAAUGGUCUGAGGCGAGAAGUUAUGCCGGCGAUGCCAAGGGCAUGAAGAUUCUGCUCAGCGGAAUUAACUCUGUCCUCGCAGCUGGAGCCAUUAUUGUCGUUGUUGCUUGGAUUGCGAAAUGGUUUCUUUACAGAGCUGUCGGUUCAUUAAUUACAAUGGUUGGAACACCUAUUGCAUAUGCUUGGCAGGCUAUCCGAAACCGACGUCGCUCAUCCACCAAGACCAACACAUACGAAUCCGACAGCGACUUCGAGGAUGUUGAAGUCGCCAAAGAAGGCGCCCGACUUAUCGAGGACGAUGCCGCCGAAGAGACAAAAACCAAGCCCCGAACAUGGAUCAUCCUCGCCAUUAUAUCCGUCUUCUUAUUCCUUACCACCGCUUUCCGACCUUCCGCUCCUUAUACAAUGAUGUCCAUGACACUCCCCCGCGCUAUGCUGGAUAUGUUCAAGUCUCCUGCACCAGAGUGUAACGCAGUGAGCGGCAACUGGCCUCUGACCGACCUCAUUGCUUCCGAUAAGUGGGAGGACCCCAGUGGACGCUUCCCUGGCUGGACACCAGGCCAAGUCGGCGAAGCUGCGCGCAAGUACCGAAACACAGUCCCCGAGUGGCUGCCUACCGAGAUCCCUCACGGCUUCUCCAAAUGGACUCCUGCAGACAACACGACUGACGAAGAGCCCGAACCCAAGUCCACCAACGCCUGCGAAGCCCCCAAAGCCGAUGGUACCUUCUACAACCCUGUUCUGGACCCAAUGAAGAUCUCCAACCUCGACACCGACAUCCUCGACGUGCUGAGAGAAACGCUCAAGGGCGGAGACGUCAAGAUCAAGCAUGUGGCACUCAUCAUGAUGGAGAGCUACCGCGAGGAACUCUUCCCCCUUCAGCAAGAUUCACCCUACCACAAACUCAUUCUCAAGUCACACAAGGGUGAGGACGAAGACGAAGUCAACGAGAAGCUGUCCCACCUCAGUCCCGUCGCCGAAAGACUCACGGGCAAAUCAGGAAACUGGAAGAAGAAGGAUGGCUCAGAGUUUGAACACGUGGCGAUCCCGCAGUGGAACGACACAGCAGCGGAUGGAUACGGAGGUAUUAACGUCGUGGGUGGUUUCACCACAUCUUCGCUGUCAUUCAAGAGUAUGGCUGCUAUCCACUGUGGCGCAUGGUCCAUGCCUGUCGAUGGCUUUGAGGAGUCUGAGACAGACAGCUACCAGCCUUGCAUCCCCCAGGUCCUGGACCUCUUCAACAAGAUCAAGAAGGAUAAGAAGUCGGACGACUUUUUGGAGCAGCAAUGGUAUCCCGCCUUUUUCCAGUCCAUCACAGAUGGUUACGAUCGACAGGAUAAGUUCGACAAGAAGAUCGGUUUCAAGCACAUCGUGACGAAAGAGGUUCUCGAGGAUGACAAGAAGGAUGGCGACGACCUUGAGGAGAUUAACUAUUUCGGCUUCGCUGAGACGACACUCAAAUCUCAUAUCCAUGACUACCUCAAGCAGGUUAAGGACGAGGGCAAGCGCAUGUUCUUUUCACACUUCACCAGCACAACUCACCAUCCCUGGGGUGUACCCGAGUCGUUCGAGACGACCGAUUACCUGAAGACCAACGGAAAGAUGAAGUGGCACGAGGACUUUAACAGCUACCUCAACGCUGUGAGAUUCACCGAUGCCUGGUUGGGCGAGUUGCUACAGACCUUUGACGAGUACGGCUUGACAAACGAGACUCUGGUUGUGUUUGUCGGAGACCACGGCCAGGCCUUUAAGGAGGACCAGAAGUCCAAGAUUGGAACCUACGAGAACGGCCAUGUCAGCAACUUCCGCGUGCCUAUCACCUUCCGUCACCCUCAUAUCCCCCGAGUUCAAUACAACGCCAACGCAACAUCACUCUCCAUCCUCCCCACGAUCCUCGACCUCCUCAUCAACACCGGCUCCCUCAACGAGAAGGACCAAGACGCUGCCUCGGACCUCAUCCACGACUACGAAGGUCAAUCUCUCAUCCGCCCAUAUAAACCCAUUCACAACGGCCGCCGAGCCUGGAACUUUGGCAUCGUCAACGGUGGAGCAAGCAUGCUAUCUAUAACCUCUGCCGAUGCACCCUGGCGCAUAGUCAUCCCCCUUGAUGACUCGACACAAUAUAGAUUCACCGAUCUCAAGAACGACCCUCUUGAGCGCAGACCGCUGGAGAAGUGGACUCUGGAACUUCUCAAGAUCGCCGUUGAGAACAAGUUUGGAGAGGAAGCUGCCACAUGGGCCGCUGAGGCAGAUGCGGUGUCCAAGUGGUGGGGUCAAGAAAGAAAGAGACUAUGGGGAUAUGAUCCAUCAGCUCAUAAGCAAGAUUAG